AUGGAGUCGAUCAAACACAGAGUGUCCAACCAGACCUACACUUUCGUUACUCCUGCGGCCGAUGCUCCCAUAGAAGUGCUCAAUGAAUUCUACUGGACCAAAGAAGCUGAACCUCACGUUCUUCGUCGUAAGCAGAUCUUGGCCAAAUAUCCAGAAGUCGCCAAGCUUACUGGUUAUGAGACCAAAACCAAAUGGUAUGUCCUAGGAGUUGUGUUGCUUCAGUUUUUAGUUGCUUAUUACUUGAGGGAUACUAGUCCUCUUGCCUGGAAGUUCAUGGCGUUAGCUUACAUAAUUGGAGCUACUUCCAACCAGGCCCUCUUUCUUGCUAUUCACGAGUUGUCCCAUAACUUGUUGUUCAAGAAACCGCUUCACAAUAAGAUUUUUGCCAUAUUCGCCAAUCUCCCUAUUGGAGUUCCGUACUCGGCGUCAUUCCAGCCCUAUCAUCAAUUGCAUCACAAGUUCAUGGGAGACCAUUACCUCGACACAGACUUACCUACAAAGUUUGAAGCUAUGUUUCUCUCUAACUUACUCGGAAAAGUUCUUUUCGCUACAUUCCAGAUCUUCUUCUAUGCCUUAAGACCAAUGUUCAUCACGCAGAUUCAAUUCACUUACAUACACUUGUUGAACAUUGUAGUUCAGAUUGCGACAGAUUACGUUAUGGUUCAAUCGUGGGGCUGGAAUGCACUUGCAUACUUCAUCAUGAGUUCGUUCUUGGCUGGAUCUUUGCAUCCUUGUGCUGGCCACUUCAUCGCUGAACACUAUGUGUUGAACGAGAAUAAUAAGCCCAGACAGGAGCGCAAGGAUGGAAUCACUAUCAGCAAGGAGUUGCUUCCUGCAGAGACGUAUUCAUACUACGGCUCGUUGAACCUCUUGACCUGGAAUGUAGGCUAUCAUAACGAGCACCACGACUUCCCCUACAUUGCCUGGACGAAGUUGCCGCAACUUAGAGAAAUAGCUUCCGAGUUCUACGACCCCUUGCCCCAAGUCACUUCUUGGUGCGGAGUCAUUUGGUGUUUUAUGUUCAACGACGUCAACACGUUGUGGAACAGAGUAAGAAGAACAGGCAAGGAAAGACACGGUUCCAGAAUUAGAAAUCUUGAUCAGAACCAAAGCUGA